AUGGCGAUUUCGCUUUCAGGCUCCAAUGACGGGCCAGCAAAAGAGGAGGCGUUUUUCCGGUCUGCUCCGAUGACCCUUGUUCAAUUUUACGUUACAAUAGAGCUUGCUCGUGAUGUGGUGUACGCCUUAGGAAACCUCGGAGACGUUCAUUUCCGAGACUUAAAUUCAAAAUUGACACCAUUCCAAAGAACUUUUAUAGCCGAAUUGCGGCAGAACGAUGUGGUGGAGGCCCGGUUGACAUAUCUUCAAGGGGUAAUGAUGAAACACGAGAUUUGGACGGGAGAUCCGUUUGCCAAGUUGACAGCAGACCGGGCACCUUUUCCGAAAGCCUCCGAUGUCGAUAGUCUCAGGAGCCGGAUUUUGGAAGUAUAUGAGCGGAUUAAGCAUCUAGAUGAGUCCUUUGUGGAAUUAGACCAGCGGUACUUGAAAUACGUCGAGAACAGACAUGUGGUACAGGCUCUUGAAGAUUUCCAUAAAAAUGCCUGGUCCGAAUCCGAAGUCCGUGCCUCUAUGGAUCGUCCUAGUAUAGACGGUGACGACGUAGCAUUGCUUAACGCACGAAAUCGCAGCUUGGAGUUGGGAAGUUUUGAGAUUGAUGACGAAGACCGCGAUGAACUCACACCGGAAACGGCUGAUUUAGACAUUUCCUUUGAUGCUAUAUCGGGUACAAUUGCAACGGAAAAGAUAGGUUUGCUUCGCAAGAUUCUCUGGAGAACUUUAAGAGGAAACCUUUAUUUUCACGAUAUACCCAUAACCUCCACCAAGCUUUCCAAUUUCAACCCCAAGACCCCAGAACUCAUUGACAAAAGCGUCUUCAUCCUUUUUGUUCACGGAGACAUGCUUCGACUUCGUGUCAACCGCAUAAUUCUGUCGUUGGAUGGAAUUGUUUACGACAACGUUAACGGCAGUGCCGUUGACCGGUCUCGCACAUUUGCCAGUCUCAACUUGAGUAUCACCGACUUGUCAACGGUGGUGGAUAAUACACGAAAUCACUUGAUGACCGAGUUGUCUGUGCUCAAGGAAGCUUACCCCAAUUGGUGGUUUAUAAUCCAGCGUGAAAAACUCAUAUAUCAGGUGCUCAACACCUUCGAUAACGAUGCCGCCAGACGGUGCUUAGUGGGUGAAGGAUGGAUUCCCAAAUCGGACCUCAAUACUGUUAGAACCACCUUGAAGCAGUUGAUAAGAAAACGGUCUGCUCCUCGCGCAUUUGUCAACGAGCCCGAACUGCUGGAUCAUGAGUCAACUUCAACUCCAAGUUCUCCUGGUCGUUCUAGUUCCGUUGAUCUUUUAUUUGCAAUUGAAGACGACCACGACGCUGAAGAUGCUCAAUUUGAGUCUGACGAUGAAGAUGCUCUCAUUGCUGUCGUUACCGAACUCUCAACUAACAGAACCCCUCCAACUUUCCAUCGUACAAACAAGUUCACCUCAGCUUUCCAGCUGAUUAUAGACGCUUAUGGAAUAGCCACCUAUCAAGAAGUGAACCCGGGUCUUGCUACCAUCAUCACGUUUCCUUUCAUGUUCGCUAUCAUGUUCGGCGACAUAGGGCAUGGAUUUAUAGUACUCCUUGUGGCUCUCUACUUGAUCAAAAACGAGAACAUAUUCGGACCCAUGCGAAAUAAGGACGAAAUAUUCGAAAUGGCAUUUAAUGGACGCUACAUCAUUCUUCUCAUGGGGGUAUUUUCCAUGUACACGGGUUUGAUCUAUAACGAUAUUUUUUCCAAAUCUAUGACGUUAUUCAAGUCAGGAUGGAAAUGGGAGUUUCCAAAAGACUACGACUUUAGCAAGGAUGGUGCCAUCAGCCUUGUUGCUCAAAAGAUUCCUGGCCAUACAUACUUCUUUGGAUUAGAUUGGGCGUGGCAUGGUUCUGAGAACAAUUUGUUAUUCACCAACUCAUUGAAAAUGAAACUCUCGAUUUUGAUGGGUUAUAUUCAUAUGAAUUAUUCUCUUAUGUUCAGUUUGGUUAACUAUCGAUACUUCAAAUCCAGAGUUGACAUAAUUGGAAACUUCAUUCCGGGUUUCCUCUUCAUGCAAAGUAUCUUUGGCUACUUGGCUCUCACCAUUUUGUACAAGUGGAGUGUGGAUUGGUUCGGAAUUCAAAAACAACCUCCUGGCUUAUUGAACAUGCUCAUCAACAUGUUUUUAUCACCAGGAUAUAUCGAGGACCAAUUAUACCCGGGGCAAAAAUUCGUUCAGAUAGUGCUUCUUUUGGUGGCUCUUGUAUGUGUUCCUUGGUUGUUGGUCUACAAGCCGUUAACAUUACGCCGACAAAAUAACCGAGCCAUUGAAUUGGGCUACAGCGACUUGCAUUCUCAGCACAAUCAUGAUAUACAGCGCCAUGUUGAAGAGCAAGCUCUUGACGAAAGUGGUAUUGACGAUGGUUUGAAUCAUGAUGUUCCUGAUGAAAUCGAUAUGUUAGACGAUGGGUUCAGGUUCCCCAACGAUAUUGAGCCAUUGCAUCAUACGGCGGCUCAUGGAGAUGGAGAUGAGUUCAAUUUUGGUGAUGUUGUAAUUCAUCAAGUAAUUCACACAAUUGAGUUUUGCUUAAACUGUGUGUCUCAUACUGCAUCGUACCUUCGAUUAUGGGCUUUAUCGUUGGCCCAUGCUCAAUUGUCGUCGGUUUUAUGGUCUAUGACGAUACAAAAUGCAUUUGGUAUCACCGGAGCCAAAGGGGUUGUAAUGACCGUCUUUCUCUUUGGAUUAUGGUUUAUUUUGACGGUUUGUAUAUUGGUGAUGAUGGAAGGCACUUCUGCCAUGUUGCAUUCCUUGAGAUUGCAUUGGGUCGAAGCUAUGUCGAAAUUUUUCGAGGGAGAAGGUUAUGCAUACGAACCGUUUACAUUCAACAAGAUUGACGUUUAA